CAAGUAAUGGCAAAACUGAGUAUUAUUACUACCAUUUAAGAUGUUCAUAGUAGAAGACACGUCAACUAGCCUAAGACAUGUAUGUAUCACGCAACUUCUUCUAACAGUAAGGGCAUAGUUACAUACCCCGGUUAGUCAGCACGGUCCAUCCCCAACCGACGUCAUCCCAUCAUUCCGACCAUCACCACCAUCCAUCCUAUCUAUCCAUUUACCAACAAUCCCAUCUCCAAUUCAAACUCAAAAUGUCUCUCCGGACUCCCCUCCGUGGGCUGCACCUCUCCCGCUCGUUACCCAAGCCCUCAAUCCCUCGCCCCCUCUCACUCCGCACCCUAUCCACCACCACAACGUCCGCUCGACUCCGACUCAUCACCAACCCCAUCACCUCCGCACCCCGACUCAUCACCACAACACCAACAACAAACCCACCCACCUACAUCUCCACCCUCAAAAACACAUACUCAACAUCCUCCAAACCCCCCGCCGACCAAAUCAUCGACGAACUCCAAGAACUCUACGAAGUCGCCAAAGACGAAUUCGAGAUCGCGACGGAAAGCACCGACUCAGCGACCAUCUAUGCGGCCUCUGACCGAGAGUCGGCGCGUGAUGCCCUCAACGAGCUAAUCGCCGUGUAUACGGUGUAUACAAGGGAUAUGUCGUUUGUGAGCCAUUCGCCGCAGGGACAGGUGGAUGUGGAUACGGGGUUGGAUCCGGGGAGUAUUGGGGAUGAGGUGCGCGAGCAGGUGAGGAAGAGGGUGGGGACGAGGGUUAGGGAGAUUGUGGGGGCUGUGGAGAAUUUAGAAGAACGGGCUUCUGCUGAAUAAAUGAUGAUAUAUUUAAGUUUAAUCUUUGGGGGGAGGAGAUGGGGGACGUGGGGGUAUGUGUAUGAUAGUUAUGGAAUCUAGUGUUGGAAUGAGGG